CCCGGAUGUUCUUCCCGAAAGAUGGCGUGUUUUGCUAAAUUCCACUUUAAUCCGAAUGAUAUUUCCCCCAUCAUGAACGGUGAAGCCAACCCAAAAGAAAUACGAUCUGGGUACCUGUAUAAGUGUCCGUGCUCGUUUUUCCAACAGGCUAUCAUCCACCUUACAAUUUAUUACAUACUACCAGAACUCGAAAAAAAAAAACAUCGACAAACAAGAUAAGCGCACCCUAGCCCCUAACCCUCCGGCCACUUUACGGCGCCCACACUCCAAAUCUAAGUCCUUUAUUGGUAAUGACCUUCGGCUCAACCUGCGGUCUCGUGCUCCACUGAUCAUUCAUCAAAUUUUCCCAAACAAAAACACUACGAGGGGAAUAUCUAAAAAAGGCCAUAUUUUUCUGACUAUGCAAAAUUUGGGGAGGAAUUUUUUGUUCGUUUUCUCUCUGCAAUCCGCUAUUUGUUUCCCAGUUGCCCUAUAAACAGAUAGAAACAGAGAAGGCAUCUCGCUUGAUUUUAAUAUUUAAGGUGUUUUGUAUCCUCCUCGUCCUUAUUGGUUGGUGGGGGUAGGUCCCGUGAUCAUCCAUAAAUUAUCAUUUCGCUCCUUCAGCCAUCAAAAAUUUCGAGUCCAAGCAUUCCAAAUAAAAAACCUCUCUGACGCUUCUCUAAUAAUGUCUUGCCCAGCUAACGGAAUCCAAAACGGAGUGAAUGGGAAUUACCCUGUAGAAGACAAGACAUGGGUAAGGCCCGAUGGGCCUACAUUUUGUCAGUGGUCGACGGUGAACGGGAAAACCUCGGGAGAAAAUUCAGCGACAUCUCCACACUUCCACGAGCCGCCGCCAGACAAAAAUAAUAAAAUCCUGCCAAAUGUGCUACAUAGCAUUGGAAAUACCCCCAUGAUUCGCAUCAACAAUGUUGGCAAGAGAUGUGGUCUCAAAUGUGAAGUGGUUGCAAAGUGUGAGUUCAUGAAUCCAGUUGGUUCACUCAAAGACAGGAUUGGUGUACGUAUGAUUGAAGAUGCUGAAAGAGACAAUCACAUCAAGCCGGGUGAUACACUGAUUGAGCCAACCUCAGGAAAUACCGGAAUAGCUCUUGCUCUUGCGUCAGCAGUAAAAGGAUACAGAUGUGUCAUUGUUAUGUCCGAAAAAAUGAGCUCUGAUAAGGCUGAUACCCAGAAAGCUCUUGGUGGAAUUUGUGUUCGUGCACCGGCUGAAGCUAAGUUUGAUUCACCUGAGUCUACCAUUCGUUUGGCCCAGCAGCUGCAAAAGGAAAUUCCUAACUCCUAUGUACUGAAUCAGUAUCGUAACCCGAGCAACCCAUUGGCCCAUUAUGAUGGAACUGCUGAAGAGAUCUUGCAGCAGUGUGAUGGAAAACUAGAUAUGCUGGUGAUAGGGACUGGCACUGGAGGUACCCUCACUGGAGUGGCUAGAAAGAUACGUGAAAAGCUACCUCAUGUCAAGAUUGUUGCAGUUGAUCCCUAUGGAUCUGUCUUGGCUGUGCCUGAGGAGCUAAACAAGACAGAGCCUGGCUUUAAAGGCUACAAUGUUGAGGGUAUAGGAAAGCCCUAUGUUCCUGUGGUGCUCGACAGAGAUCUAGUGGAUGAAUGGCAGAAAAUAGGUGACAAGGAGGCAUUCUACUUUGCCAAACGACUCAGCAAGGAAGAGGGUCUUCUUGUUGGUGGGUCUAGUGGAAGCGUCAUGGCGGCCGCGGUCAGAGCCGCUCAGGAUCUUGACGAGAACCAGAGAUGCGUUGUGGUCUUCGCCGACUCUAUCAGGAACUACAUGUCCAAGUUCGUGAGCGAUGAAUGGCUUGAAGAACGCAAUCUACAACAUGAUGAUAUUAACGACAAUGACCCUCAACACUGGUGGCUGAGCGAGAAGGUGUCCAGUCUCUCUCUCCCGUUCUCUGCUCCUGUUAGCUCCAAUCUGACGGUCAAAGAUUUGCUUGCCUUUUUCAGCAACGGUGGCAAUCAGGAGGUCGCUGUUCAGGAUAACAAAGGACGCAUUCUUGGCAUUGUGACGCACGGAAAUCUGUUGGCUUCCGAAGCUGCCGGGCGUGUUGACAUGUCAUCCACGCUUGAGAAGCUUAUCUACAAGAAGUUUGAUCAGGUAUCCCGCGAUACAAGCCUGGAAAAAGUGUCGCGUUGCCUGGAUAAUGACUACUUUGUGCUAGUGCCUGGCUGCAAUUCCCAGGAGUUCAGUGUGGUGACGAGAGGACAUCUCCUCAACUUCAUCAUCGAACGCGAGACCAACCGCAUGGACUGAAAAGUUCCUCCUGAUUAGCCACAGAAAACGAUGUGUAAAUUAACCAGACGUUAUUUAUCAUCUAUGAAAACGAUUUAUGAAAAAAAAGAGAUCACUAGAUAUCCUGUGGAAUAAUGCACGUGGAAAGUAGAGAAUAAAACAUAAGUAAAAUAGAAAUAGAUACGUAUAACCUAUUCAAAAGUUUUUAAAUAACGACGUCUUGUAAUAGGACUUCAGAGUGAAAGAUGAAUGCACGUUUCUAGAUGAUGACAGCUUAUCUUUAAUUCCCUGUAGAAGAAUUAUUCUUGGCGCGAGUUUCGUAGCUUUUAACUUUAUUAUGACAUUCUUUAAGUCCAAUAAUGUUAAAUUGAUUUUUCUUGGAAAUCAAAUUUAGAAAUUUCAUACAAGCUUAGAGCAAGUAAUAAAGAAAAUACAUAGACGAGGCCCAAAAAUUUGCACCCCCCCCCCUCCACUUUUUUUAUAAUUAUAUGUCCUUAAAACCACAGAGACUUAAUUUACUGUUAAGUGUAACUGAAUAUAACCUAUAUUAAAAUAUGGAUCAACUAGCAA